AAUGGCAUUAUUGGUGUAUGCGACUAUGUGUACUCCAGGGUUUCUGUUUCCCUCCAUAUAUUAAUCCCUUUCCUCACUGCAAACCCUCAUCUCCUUUCUCCAUCUCCACCUCCACACAAGAUCAACUAUGAGCCCCUUGAAUGUGGAAGAAGAGGGCCAUGAGGGCAAGAGGAGACCCAACUUCCCAGGCCAUGAAAGCUUCAAGAGAAGCUCAGUCGAUCCUGUUGGGUUGAGAAUCCUUACACAGUUCUCACAUGGCGAAUCCAACCUUGUCCUUAAAUCUGCAUGCAGGUUGAGGGUUCCAACCCCUCCUCCACCCAGUGGCGCCUCUCCUGAGAGUUGCUUUCUCAAAUCAUGUUAUCUCUGCAACAAGGAGUUAACCCCUGAUAAAGACAUAUACAUGAGGGGUGAUGAAGGCUUUUGCAGUGUAGAGUGCAGGAACAGACAGAUAGUAAUGGAUGAAACGAAAGAAAUAGAGACUUCAACCAAGAAAAUUCUAGCAUCUUCCCGGCAUUGCCGCUCUGCUGGUGGGUGUGAGACCUGUGUGCUCCUAGAGGACCUUCGGCGGCGAAGGAAGCCAAUCUCUCGCCAUAAAAAUCAAGCAUUAGUCUCAUAGUUAACACCCAUUUUCCUGGGUUUCUUUUUUCAGACCAGGAAGAUUGUAUGGAAGGUAGACAAAUAGGAAGUGGAAGAAAUGAGUGAGGGUAGUUGAAAUAUCUUUGUAGCAUUAAUUGUAUUACGUGUGAUCACACAAUGAAGAUGAAUUUGAAGCCACAUUUUUUGGUUUCCCUAUCCA